UAUUCAUCAUGAGUAACGUCCUGCAGCUCUGUGUGAUCGUCUCGCUCACUUUAUUCAUCACUAACGAAGCCGUCACAGUGCAGAGAGUGUUUGUGCCCAAAGACCAUUUCCUGUUACUGUCGUGUGACGGCCAAUCAGACGGCGAGUGGAGACAUGAAGGUACGAGUCUGAUGCAUGUGAACAGCACGAAACAGAAACACUUUUCAAAUGGGAUGCUGUACAUCAGUGACGUGGAGAUGAGCGACUCGGGCCUGUACUAUUGCAACAACCGACUCAUGGUACACGUCACUGUACUCACAGGUGAUGAUGUUGUGGUGUGUGAAGGUGGAACUCUGUAUCUGCGCUGUACGCUCCCUAAGCAGCGCUGGGCUUUUCGACGCACUGCCGGAUCAAGGAAAGAGUUCAUCUCUACACGCUUCAAGAACGGAACGGUCGUAAAGGAACGGCCAGAUCCAGCCUCGCGCUUCACACACACUUCCAACCAUCUGCAGAUCCUCAACAUCAAGCAGCUUGACUCCGGGACGUACUUCUGCAGUGGCAAAGACAUCGCUGUAGUCACUGUCACACCAGAAAGCAACACACACCAGUGUCCUAGUACAGAAGCAACAGGAUCAGAAAAUAACAUCCCUCAGAAAUCUGGGAAUGUGGUGCUGGUUGCUGUCCUCGCUCUGUGUGUGUUAGCGGUGGUUAUGGUCGUUCUGCUCUCAGUGAUCAUGUGUCUGAAGUUCAGCAGCAGAAAAAAGCCCACAGCCUCCAAAGCAGAGGACAAUGUCUUGCAUGUGCAGAAGACACACACUGACGGCGUUGACGCAGUAAGGCUUCACUCAGCAGAUUCAGCCUCAGGAACAGGACCCCAGCCCUCAACCCAAAUCCUAGGAGAAGGAGAUCGGUUGAGGAGCUGUAAUGAUGAGAUCCACUAUGCGUCACUGGGGAGGGAGAACUGGAGAGCUCAAGGCUGGAAUCAGCAAAGCAGGCAGCAGGUCAUUUACUCCACACUGCUGCUGACUCCGAAACACACACGCGCACACACACACAAUCCAUAGGAUACACCCACCCAAACACAUACACCAUAGCGAACACACACACACACGCACACACGUACGUACACACCAUAACGCGCGUGCACACACACACACACACUGACUGUAAAGUAAACUAGUUAAACACAGACUAUCACCGUAAUCAGUGUGUGAGCAGCGUGUCGUCAGUUUAUCCUGAAGUCACGCCUUUAAGGCAGCUGGGCCAUAGAAGGUUCACGCUGCAUGCUGCACGCUACACGCAUGUAAAGAAAAGUGGACAAACGUAGCAUGACUUGCUCUGGGCCAUAGAACGGCGUUCACGUUGCACGCUGCACACUUCACGCGUGAAGCGAGAAAUGAACAUGCACACUUUUUUUCUAGGCGUGAAGAUGGAAAUUCCAGUCAAUGCAUGCGGUCACCGCCGCGCCAGCCAAUCAGAACGGGUCUAGGGAGAUAACUCUAUGCUUUCAGGGGAAAACUUCAGAAAAAAUAUAAUUGAAUGGUAUAAUUGAAAAAUAGUUCUUCAUCGGGAUUGUCAAGCAGAUUAUAGAAUGUUCGGUGAAAUUCACCACGGGUUUCUCUCAGAAGGAAGUGUUCUCGGCUCCAAAUUCUGUUCCUUUUUCUCUUCCUCUGUCUCAGUAAAAGCAGAAUGAGGCAAUCGUCGUCAUCCGAAGAGUCCAUAUUGUUGGUUACUCGGUCAAAGUAGAACAGACGCAACACGUGAACAUCCAAGCAUGAAGUUUAAUGGCCCAGGGUCCGGUUCUUCACGUGAACGUGUAGCAUGUAGCGUGCAGCAUGCAGCGUGCAGCGUGAACCUUCUAUGGCCCAGCUGCCUAAUCGUGUUUUUUUCCCCCCUCAGGUUGUUUGUAAAUGUAAGAGAAAGAAAAAUACACUAACACACCUUUACUAAAACAACCCAAAUGAAACCCCCUCUGCCUGAACACACUGUUUAUCACAAUAACUUUAUUUUAAUUACAAUGUAAUUAAAGGUCAUUAAAGUUACUAUAUUAAACAAACUCCAUCCCUGAGAACGUCGACCAGUUUACUGACACACAGCAACACAAAUGAACAGUCACGAGCACACACAUACACUAAUGUAGAUAACGAUGAGUGUGUGAGAUGGGGUUGAGGCUUAAUUAUCACAUCGUGAAUUAUUUAUAAUGAUGAAAUAAUUAACCUGGGACUUCAUCUAAAAUGGCGCCUGGUCUUUAACGACCUGAACGUGAUGCAGUGAAGAAAGGAAGCGGAUAAACAGCUUGUGAGAAACAGGAGCUAAAUCCACGGAAUGUCCUGAAAUCCCUCUUUCACUCACACACACACACACACACACACCAAAGAAUCAGACAUCUUUAAACACAAAGUUCUUUAUUUAUUCACUUAAAGCUGAUAUAUUAUUCAUGAGCACGAUUUAUUUAUUCAUAUCACACUGCUGAUACAGGCUGAAACACCACAACAAUGCUCCAUGACAGCUUUUAACACUGGCUUUUUAAACACUCUGCAUGUAUAUAUUAAAGUAUUUGAAGCUACAUAUAUGCUUUUGUUUAAACUACAAUAUUAAUAUGCAAAUGAUAUGCAAAUGAGCCAUAUGUAAUAAACAAAC